GCCAGACGUCGUGUCGUUGUCGUUGUACUCUCCGUCGCCAACGCCACUGGGCCUUGAGCCCUUCAUAGCAGCGUUCGAGUCUUCGUCGGUUUCCUCGAUACCAUUUUGAGUCACGGCGUAAGCCACGAUUUUCGAAUGGCUAGGACAACCAGCUCUAUCGCGUCAUCUCCUCUGCUGUUUGGGCAUCAGUUGGCGUUCCGGUGUUCGACCAGGGAAAAAACGAUGAAUAUGAAUUCAUCAGGUUUCUGCAACGAGAAUUGCCACCCAUCUUGCUGCUAUUAGUGCAUGACAGCCUCGCUUUCCCGAACGCUUGCAGUGUGUGAAAAUCUGCACCGCGAAUUGGACACUCAUUGGGCGCGCCCGAGCGUCCAUCAAGAUCGCACGCAGGUGGAAAUAAAAUUCAAGCAAGAAGGCACCGUUUAUCGAUCUGUGGCCGCCGUCUCGCAACAAUGCAGACAUCAUGGCGAGACCAAAAGCCCCCUCCUCAGGAUGCAACAGAAGAUGAUCAUCGAGGUACCUGUCAUGGUAUCUUUUGGCCGAUCCGAUGACACGGCGGGUUGCCGUCGAACAAUUUCCCACGGCGUUGCUUGUCUAGUGCCCCCAAAGAGAGUAUGGUCAAGUUGGACUCAGCUUGCCAGAUGGUCCCGGGACUUCUGUCAUGGCUCGUACAAUCCCUUUGGAUUUCGGCAUGAUGCCGGCUCGAUACUUCGAAUACUUUAUGGUCCAAGGCAAAACCCGACCGAACUACUACCAGUUCACGUUACGGCGGUAUUCCUUAUCCGCGGAUGUCACUCUGGUCCUAGGCCCUUGCGACCGGAUCAGUCGUUCGGUGUGCCACACAGGCUGCUCAAAUCAAUUGGUGCACCACUUUACCCUCGAGUCAGCAGGCAUGUUCCUGUUCAUCCGCAUGUCAAGCAAAUCCGUUCCUGAUCAUAAGCAACACUGCAAUGCAGUAAUCUUUUUCAAUCGCCAAGCGACCUUGCGGCGGUACUGUCGAAGGUGCGGACUUACUCCCACGUUGAGACGACCAGGAAUGCUCCUCCGAAUUCGUCCCCUGCUGCUCCUACGACGAACCGGCGCAAUGCCCAGAGCUCUCAAUCAUCAGCCUCUACUAGAGGAGGGUAUUUCUCGUGGGUGGAUCCU